AAGAAAGGGCGUGAAGCCUCCACGUCCGGAAACAAACUGGCAACGAGGGAGCUGCCUAAACCGGCGACAGAGAAGCCCAGUUGAUGCAGGAGGCCGGAGGAGUCCGGCUGGAGAAGGAAGGAAGCGCCGGCCGAGAGGAGGAGGAAGAGAGCGGGCUGUCUGGAGGGCGAAGCGGGAAGGAGGAAAUGGGCGAAGACCGAGAGACGGUCCUGGAGGGUGGAGAGUCCUUCCGGAUACCUGGGAACCCCCAAAGGAUCCAGGAGAGAGGAAAAAAAUAUCAGUGCCCGGUAUGCAAAAAAUCAAUAAAGAGAAACGACCUUCUUAAAAGGCAUCUAAGGAUCCACACAGGAGAAAAGAACUAUGAAUGCCCAGAAUGCAAAAAAUACUUCAAAGAAGUAGAGAACUUAAGACCAUCUAAGAAUCCACACAGGAGAGAGACCGUUUAAAUGCUUGGAGUGUGGAAAGAGCUUCCGUCAAACGGGAAGCUUUUAUAGACAUCAAAAGAUGCAUUGUGGAGAGAAACCAAAUAAAUGCCUGGAGUGUGGAAAGAGAUUCCGUCAAAGGGCGCAUCUUUAUAAACAUCAAAGGAUCCACUGGAGGGAGAAACCGAAUAAAUGCCAGGAGGGAGGAAAGAAAUAUUAUUGCCUAGAAUGUGAAAAAUCUUUCAAGAGAAAUGACGUUCUUCAAAGGCAUCUAUGUAUCCACUCAGGAGAAAAAAAAUACGAAUGCCAAGAAUGUGAAAAAUUCUUCAGAAGAAAUGACCACCUUCAAAGGCAUUUAAGGGUCCACACAGGAGAAAAACCUCACAAAUGCCUGGAGUGUGGAAAGACCUUCAGUCAGAGGAGUAGCCUUUAUAGACAUCAAACAGUCCAUUUACAAGAAGAGUAUGAAUGCGGGGAAUGUGAAAAAUCCUUUAAAACAAUUCAGAUCCUUGAAAAACAUCUAAGGAUUCACAAGCCAAAUAUAUGCCUGGAAUGUGGAAAGAGCUUCAGUCAAAAGGGAAGUCUUGAUAUUCAUCAAAGAAUCCACACAGGAGAAAAACCUUACAAAUGCUUCCAGUGUGGAAAGAGCUUUACUAAUGGUUCAAAACUCCGUCGACAUGAAAGAAUCCACACAGGAGAAAAACCACAUAAAUGCCUUGAAUGUGGAAAGUGUUUUAGUAGAAGAGGAAGUCUAUAUGGACAUCAAAUGAUUCACACAGGAGAAAAACCACAUAAAUGUCUGCAAUGUGGGAAGAGCUUCAGUCAAAGGGGAAGUCUCGAUAAUCAUCAAAGAAUCCACACAGGAGAAAAACCCUUCAAAUGUCUGGAGUGCGGAAAGAGCUUUGUUGAGCGUAGUAGCCUCCGGCGACACCAAAGAAUUCACACAGGUGAAAAACCACAUAAAUGUCUGCAGUGUGGAAAGAGCUUUAGUCAGAGAGGACACCUUGACAGACAUCAAAUAAUCCAUGCAUGGGAGAAACCACAUAAAUAUCUGGAGUGUGGAAAGAGCUUCAGUCAGAGAGGAAAACUUUCACUCCAUCAAACAAUCCAUUCAGGAGAAAAGCCGCAUAAAUGUCUUGAAUGUGGAAAGAGCUAUACUCAGCGUAGAGGCCUCCAGCGACACCAAAUAAUUCACAUGGGAGAAAAAUGAUAACAUGCCUGGGUGUGAGAAGACCUUCAAUCCCAGAGUGUAUCUCAGGAAUUGAAUUGCCUAUUUAAUCUCUAUAGACAUCAAAGAAUCCACUCAGGAGAAAAACCAUAUCAAUGUUUGGAGUGUGGAACGAGCUUUACUGACCAUUCAAACCUCCGUCAACAUCAAAUAAUUCACACAGGAGAAAAACCUUCAAUCCCAGAAUGUAUCUCAGGAAUUGAAUUGAAUUGCCUAUUUAAUUUGGCCAAGUGUGAAUAGGCACCCAAAGAAUUUAUCUUGCCUGCACGAACUCUCAGGCUACAUACAAAGCAACAGAAUAAUGAUAUUCAUAAUAAUUAUAAUAAUUCCAAUAUGAAGGUUUCAGUAAAGAAGAUAUUAAGAAGGGCAAAUAUGGGACUUUUCCAGGCUGAAUAAUAAUAAUGCAAUUCUUUAGUUGUAUAUGAUAGAUGUUUCAACUGGCUGAAAUUGUACCUUUUCACAGUAGGCUUUUGUGACUCAUUAUGCCAUUUUCCAUGUCAACAUUGUUUUAAUGCAAGGCUUAUUUCUGUAGUUACCCUUAAUAUUAUGGGAUGUUUCUGUCCAUAUCUCUCAUGUAACUGUAACUGAACAGGAUUAUUUCUUCCAGGAUUGAUUCGAUUUAAAUCACAAUUUAAAUCAUUAUAUAAAUCACAAGUAAAAUGGCUUAAUUUAAAUCAACUUGAUUUAAAUCAUAAUUUUUAAAGAGCAACUGUUAUGUCUGUCAUGCAGCGGCUCCUCCUCUGACCCGCUGUUGACUCACCGACAGUCCCAUUCACUUUAUUGGGAGGGCUGGUGAUACAUCAAGGACACAACAAGGUGAGCGAUGUGGCUGGCAACAGGUGAGCGGAUGCCCACUAACAAGCACUGCCAUGAUCAAUCUGAAAUGUCAGGUGCUCUUUAACAUAUUUAUAAGCUGCUUAAAAGGUUUCACUUUUGUUUUUACCGCUUGCCGUUUCCCCCUCCCACUUGGAACUUUGUGGUACAAAUGUAUAUCUCUUCAAACAAAAUUGUUUAGUCCAAACAAUCUUAUAGCUUGUAGUCUACAUAGAUUUGCAAAACAAUAGGAUAAAGGAAUAUUCCUGCACUUUAUGAUUAUCUCAUGGUUACUGUGAAAUUGUGUGAACAUAUCCGUGCAAUGCAUGUUUAAUUGAAAUAUUGCAGAAAAUACAGUUUCAUGCAACAUAAUGAUGAGCGUUUGCAGGAACUGGGUAUGUCUAGUUUAAUGAAAAGAAGGACUAGGGGAGACAUGAUAGCAAUAUCCAAUA